UCACCCAUCAGUAGCUUGUUUAACUCUGAAGAGAACGGUUGUUAUUUUAGAGAUUGAAAAGUCAUUAAAAUUUAUCGAUAGUUUGAGAAUACUUUUUAUUUUUUUUUAUAAGGUAGAAUUUACAGUUCUAAUACAAACAAAAAAUACAAAGUCAUGGCUGAUAGAGACAUAGCAACAAAUCAACUGCAAGAUUAUAAGAAAAGUGCAGGUGAUACUAUUCCAACAGUAACAACAGGAGCUGGUGCACCAAUCGGUAUUAAGGAUGCAAGUUUAACGGUGGGGCCAAGGGGACCAAUACUUUUAGAAGAUGUCCAAUUUAUUGAUGAAAUCGCACAUUUUGACAGGGAACGAAUUCCUGAAAGAGUAGUUCAUGCAAAGGGAGCUGGAGCUUUUGGUUAUUUUGAAGUAACACAUGAUAUAACAAAAUACUGCGCAGCAAAAGUAUUUGAAAGUGUUAAUAAACGAACUCCAAUAGCCGUACGGUUUUCUACAGUAGGAGGAGAGAGUGGAUCAGCUGAUACUGUACGCGAUCCAAGAGGGUUUGCAGUUAAGUUUUAUACAGACGAUGGAAUUUGGGAUCUUGUUGGCAACAACACACCGGUGUUCUUCGUAAGAGAUCCAACUCUAUUCCCAAGUUUUAUACACACACAGAAGAGGAAUCCGCGAACACAUUUAAAAGAUCCAGACAUGGUUUGGGAUUUCUUUUCUCUCCGACCUGAAACUUUGCAUCAGUUCGCAAUCCUCUUCUCGGAUAGGGGUAUUCCAGAUGGUUAUCGUCAUAUGAACGGGUACGGAUCACAUACUUUUAAAUUAAUAAAUGCAUGCAACGAGCCAGUAUAUUGCAAGUUUCAUUAUAAAACUGAUCAGGGUAUAAGAAACCUGGACACAAAACGAGCUGCAGAGCUAGCUUCGUCCGACCCAGAUUAUAGUAUUCGCGAUUUAUACAAUGCAAUCGCCGCAGGAAAUUAUCCAAGUUGGACAAUGUAUAUUCAAGUUAUGACGUUUGAACAAGCAAAAACGUACAAAUACAAUCCCUUUGAUGUAACCAAAGUGUGGUCCCACAAGGAUUUCCCAUUGAUUCCCGUUGGAAAAUUGGUGUUGAAUCGCAAUCCUACAAAUUAUUUUGCUGAAGUUGAACAAAUUGCAUUUGCUCCGUCUCAUAUGGUACCUGGUAUUGAACCAUCUCCAGAUAAAAUGCUUCAGGGAAGACUUUUCUCUUACGGAGAUACUCAUCGUUAUCGACUAGGGGCAAACUAUCUGCAAUUACCUGUAAAUUGUCCAUAUCGGGUACCAGUAAAGAACUAUCAACGUGAUGGUGCAAUGUGCUUUACUGAUAACCAAGAUGGGGCUCCUAAUUACUACCCGAACUCUUUUUCCGGCCCUCAAGAAAACCAACGUGCUAGAAACUUGCGUCCUAAGUACUCAUUGACGGGUGAUGUGGAUCGUUAUUAUAGCGGUGACAUGGAUAAUUACUCUCAAGUUACUAACUUUUGGCUGAACGUUCUUUCUUCUGAUGAGAGGAAAAGAUUAGUGGAAAAUAUUGCUGGAAGUUUAAGCGGUGCAAGCCCUUUUAUUCAGACCAGGGCAGUUAAGAACUUCACUCAAGUACAUCCAGAUCUUGGAUCACAACUUAGCAAAGCUCUUCAGUUAUUGUGCUCUGCUAAGAUGUAAUAACAACGAGAAACGUGGAUAUAUAUAAUCACAAAUACAUAAUUAUAUUUUUAAAUAUAUCACAUAAAUAUUUUUUUUUCUCGAAGUAACUUUACAUUACCAUAUUUCUAUAUUUCUAUUUUGUAUAUAUUAUUAAAAAAGUAUAAUUUGGGAGGGAAACAUAUUUAUAUUUGGGAAUUAUAUAAAAACGGAUGUGGAUUAAAAAUAAACAUUUUCAUAAACAA